UCAGGAUCAAAAUGGCGGGCGCAGGUAAUGGCAAAAAAAUCACAUUGCGAUGGUUGAUGACGAGCCAAAAACUUUUUUUUCGUUCUAUGUUGAUAAAAUUUUCAUUUUUGUUUUCUCUUUAAGGCGUUGAAGAGUACCACUGUAAUUACUGCCAAGCGGACUGCACGUCACUUCGAGUGAAAUGUGCAGAAUGCACUGAUUUUGAUUUGUGUCUUCAAGUAAGAUCAGAUUAUUUUUAUUAAGUAAUUUUUGCUUAUUUUGUAUUGAUUUGAAGCCUAUUGUAACUGGUUGUACUGGGAUCUUGUUUUAGUGUUUCGCUUGUGGUGCAGAAAUGGGUAAACACAAAAGAGGCCAUGAUUAUCAAUUGAUGGUAGGUCACGUGAUCGUAGAUAUCAUGUCGUUCUCCCAUCUAGGUUAGUUUGAUGUUUAAUACAGGAAAAGGAUUAGCAUCUUAUGAAAAAUGCCAUUUUAUUAAAUAACCUUUUUUUUGAAGAGAUGUUUUUCCUUCAAACAUGGAUCACAGGGCUGUAACCCUCCUCGUCUAGUUCAAAUACGUAAGGGAUGAUAGAUGAUGUCAUAUCGCGCGGCACAUGACGUCAUUUGUGUAAAGAAAUAGUUGUUGACUCCGAUUGAUGUAUAUACCCCAUAAAACAGUUCAUAUCAAGCCACAUUAUUGUUUGAAUUCAAUGACAUUCUAGAGUUUAUGAGAAAACAUGCCAUUUCCAUGUUAAAUAUAGCUCAAACUCUAAACGCAAAAUAUUCAAAAUUUUAUGGUCGUAUAGUCAAGUCUACAAGAAAUGGCAAACUUUGGUGAUUAUCCGGGAGAUUUCUAAUCUUGAGAUCUGGAGAUACGGUCCAAACUCUGGAGUCUCCCGGAUUAUCCAGGACAGUUGACAGCACUGAUGUGUCAGUUAAGCUUUAAUAUUUUACAAGAGUUCUUCUCCCGAUCCUACCCUCCCAAAGCAAGUACAUACACACAGUCAUUUUUGAGGGCAGAUCUAAACUCUUUUUUCAACUGGACUCACUUUGUGCAGUGGAAAUCCAAGAACUCCAUGGGGCUACGUGGGUUAAUUAUUGCUGGGUUUGUGCCGGUGGCCUCUCAGAACCUCUAACCAAUAAAUAUUAUAUAGCCAAUUAGACCCAAUCUUACAUGUAAUCAGCUUUAGGAAAAAGUAAUUUUUGGGAUCCCAACUUAGUCACUUUCUAUUUAAAAUGCAUCUACCUGAUAAAGCGUUUUAACUAAGUCAUCCUGAAAUGAAUUGACAGAUUUGUUAAACCUAAUAUAGUUAAAAUCUUCCCAUUUUUAAAUCCCUACCUAUAUGAAUUUUCUGACCCCCAAUAUCUACAAAAUGUGCGACCCCAUUCUAGUAACUCUAUUGUUAAAUACAACCUCUUGACAGUCAACCCAGUCGCAAAAAUGCGCUCUCAUCCAGCAGCACAUCUCCAUUAGCCUACUACUAGGGUGUAACCUCCCCUCCCCCCCACAAGCCAAUGACACCCCUAACAAACCUCUGCAGAGGAAAGACCACUAGCCUAAUCAAUGGUCUCUUAACUGCUAAGGGUCUCAUGGAUCACAGCAGACACUGUGAUUAAGACCUGGAUUUUUAAUCAAGUGUUUGUUCUACCCUGGGAGGGGGUUUGUGAAUUUUUACAAAGAGAACAGAGAAUUUUAUUGUAACACAAAAACAGCAAAAAGCGUAAAUCUAACACAAAAGGAAAAGGCGGAUCAUUAUACAUUUCUGGGAAACUGCCGACCUACCCCUCCCUAAGCCAACAUUAACACUUAACUUCUCACUUAGGGUAAAAUGUUGGCUUAGGGGAGAGGUAGGUGGGCAGUUUCCCAGUAAUAACGUAUAAUGUUCUGAAAAGGCAAUGCCAGAAAAUGGAAGAAAAUAGAUCCACUGUGUCUUAAUAUCAAAGAUACCAAUUGAGUUCCAUAAUAAACAGAAUAAGUGUGAUAAAACUCUAAUGUUGGGUCACAAGAUGUCCACAAGGAGAAAGUUGACUUAACGGGCUAUGUACAACUACUUGUAUUUCUGAGUUGCCACAGCCUUUGUUUCAAAGCGAGGCUAAGUGUGAAGCCAUUGAUAUAAAAUGAGUUUUAUUCAGAGUCAUACAAAUGAAACUCAUUAUCACAAGACAGGUUUAAUUUUGCACUUAGCCUCAUUUUGAAGAUGAGGGUUUUUGGAACUCAGAAGUUAAUGUCAAGUUCCAAAACUGAGAAUUUUAUACAUGUUCUUUGUUUUUUUGUUCUCAAGGAUGGAGGUACAUUUCCUCUGUUUCAUGAAGAAUGGUCAGCUGAAGAAGAGGUUUUACUUUUAGAUGCUAUAGAGCAACACGGCUUUGGAAACUGGUUUGUUGAACCUUUGUUUUAAACCCUCAGAGUGAUUCACCAUCAUCUAAUUUACUAAUAAUACAGCUGAAAAUUUACAGGUUACGUAAUUUUAAUAUGCUCUUUCAGCUUGUGCAGCCCUAUAAAAAACAACAUGUUUCAAAAGGGAACUGUUUUAGUGUUUACCUUAAGUUGAUCAUGUGAUCAACUGGUGCAAAAAGCCUAUUCAAGCUUGAAUAGUAAGUGGACGUGAGAGUUUUUUGUGCUUUCAUUAGUAUUUAUGGCCUGCUAAUAAAAUUAGGGUGUGCAAUUCUUGUAUUAAGGGGAUGGAAAUCUCUUACUCUACAUUUUAUACUUUUAUUACAAGUAGAACAUAAUUUGUCUGUCAUUUCAGGGAUGAUGUUGCCGAUCAUAUUGGAACCAAAACAGGAAAAGGUAAGAGAUUCUUGAAUCCUGUCUGAAUUCUCAUGAUUUUGGUUGAAAAUCCUGAAUCUUGACUAAUAUGCGAUUGGGAUAGGAAACAUCCUGAUUUUGACAUCUGUUCUGAUAUUUUCAAUUGAAUCCUUAUGAUACUUGUAUAUACAAGAACAUUAAACAGAGUAUUUGUUUAACUGAAAUGGAUAUCCAGAAAACCUUAAAAAUCAGUGCAAAAUAUUCAAUAAAAUCAAGUACUUGUAUGCACAGCCAUGCAAAGAGAAGAAAGAGAAUGUAGCUGAUAGUGUAAACUGAAGGUGCAUGGAUGUGGUGAUAAUUCAAUGAAAUAAGCCAUAACCUGUCCUGAGUACCUUUUGUCUUGUAAAAUAUUUUGAAUUUGAUGAAAGUUUACUUUAUUCAAGCAAAACAGUCGUGUGUCUUAUAAAAACAUACAUUUGUGCACUGACAUUGCUCAUGAGGACACUGAAUUUCUCUAAUAGCAUUCUCAUUUUUUUAAAAAUACAUUUUAAGCAUCAACUAAAGAAAUUUGUGUUGGUCUUUCAACAGAAACAAGUGAACAUUACAAUGAUAACUUCAUUUCGGGAGUCGUAGGUCAAGGUAAGUGUUAUUUCAUAAAGACAGGAAAAGACAACACUGCCCAAAAACCUUUCUUGUUUAGGCAAGCAACUUGAUCCACAGCUUACUCUCUUAAGUUGGCAAAUAUGGGAUAUGACGUAUGACUUGAUCUGGCACAAACCGUAAUAAAUGGAAAAUUAUUGUUGGUAUUUAAUUCUUUUUCCACACUGAAAGAGUAAAUUUCUUUUGUGAAACCUUAAGCUAGUCAGCUGUAUAACAACAGAAAGUUUUGAAAAAAUCGCGAAUGUCUUGUUCUGUUUUUCGCCUAAUCUUGACCUCAUUAAAUGUUUUUUGUCUUAUCGUUUAGCAACUGUUGAACCAUUUAAGAACAAGAUAGUGGAUCAUACCUCUGCUGACCAAGGUAAGAUCCACAUCUCCUGGGGCUGUAGUUACUAUUUCUGUGAAUUUUAUAUUUUUAUUUUUUGUACUAUCAUGAUUAGCUAGUUCAGGCCCUUUGUUACAAAUUUGGAGACCAGUUCUCUGAAAAUUUGUCAUAUAGAAUUUAUCAGAAAACCUAUCUGUGGUUGCAAUGAACAUCCAAUUCCGUCUUUUUGUUUAAAAUUGGCGCAUUUUCCUAGAAGUUGAUAAUCUUCACCUAGGAAAUCUGUUAUUGAAUGCCAUCUUAGAUCACUGUCUAGAUUAUAUAAGGGACCAUAUUAUGGUCGCCUAGAGGGUCCUGUUACAGCUUUACCAGGUCUAGCAUACCCCCCAAGAUUGCACCCCAUUAGUCGUUGCUGCAGCGGCAUUUCUGCUUAUGUAAUGAGCAGUGCAUUUUUUAUGAUAACUUCUCUUAUACGGUCAGAUUUUUUUGGAAAAAAUCAUUAAAAGGACAAAAUUGCUUUGAAGACAUUUACAUCAAAUUCAAGAAAGCUGAGAUGGUAGGAAUUUCAUAACUAACUUGAAUGAGAAUUCACUGCUCAUUAUGUACUGCAAGAAUUCAGAGAUUAAUCUUAAAUCUAAAAUUACCAAUGGAUUCAUUGAUGGAAUUCAUUUAUGGAAUCUUGUAGGGUACGCUUGACGUGGCUUGACUGUAAAGUUUGUUUUGAGACAAAUGGGAAACUGGUGCACUACUUGCUAGGAUUAUUGCAAUGAAAAUUUUAAAUUCUGGAGGGUUCAGCUGUUUAAAAAACUGAAUGAGUGAUUAACAUGUUUUACUUAUUAAUGUACAAUGACUGGGUAUUUAACUUUUUGGAAUUGGUCAGCUCUUGAAAUAAUUAAGCAGCAUAUGGCUCUGGUAAAUUAAUAAAGGUUCCCUGAAAAGGUAAAUAAAGUUUAGUCAUGAUUGUGUUCUGUAGAAGUACUAUCACCAACAUUGUUGCACCCUCCUGAACCUGUUGAAAUGAGUGUUACAGAGCAGCAAGAGCUAGGAUAUAUGCCAUUAAGGGAUGACUUUGAAAAGGUAAUUAAAUACAAAUCCACUUAAUUGCUUAUGAUACGUCAUUACUCACUGACCUCAACAUAAAUAGCUAAAUAAAUUUUAUUAAUUAUUUAGUUCCAAUGAAUUAACUUUAACCCAUUCGCCCCUGAACCGCCCGUAACCGCCUGUGCGGAUCCAGGUCCUUUCUACCCUUUGUGACGUCAUCAGUUUUAACGGUCAAGGACAACUUUCUUCGCUAACUUGUGUAGAGUGAAGAGAUCUUUCAAACCAUACCAGAAUGAGCACAAUUCAGUCAAGGACACCGGAGAAAGAAGCAAAAAACCACGUGACAUUGACCUGAAAAUCUCCAUGAAAAUCUUGUUCCAUUGCCUGCCUACCUUUCCUUUCACCUAAUCCUAAGAUCCUAAAAGCUUUCCUAAAAACUCUUCCCACCAAAAUGAAGCCUACUAAAUGCCCAGCAAGAGAAAAAAAAAAUGAGGCAAGAAAAGCGAAAAAAGAAGGGAGGAGAAAAAGCAAAAAGUAAAAGUCAAGACUGCUGUGUCACUUUUAAACCCAAAAACUAUCUCGAAAUUUUGCUUGCUGCGCAUGCCUGAACUUCGCAAGCUGAUGUCUUGCAUCUGGAUCAGAAGGCCACCAAGUGUACGACCUGUAAACCGGUUUGUGGUAAGUUUUAGCCCUUUAUAGCACGACAGUGACCAGAAAACCACUUGACUAGCUUCAAAACGCGUUUUUCAGCAAAAUCUCCCGGAGCAAAUGGGUUAACCUCCUGUAAUCAACCAAGUUCCCAAAAUUUGGUGAUUACUUAGUAAGUGGUCUUUUAUGAGGAGUUCUAAUUUGAUUGUUAAAUCUGGUCACUUAUGGGACUAGAAAGCUAUGAAUUGGGUUUAUAUUUCUAAAGAAACUGUGUCAGUUGCAUUGGUAGGGGAACGAAAUACAAAGAUUUGGUUUAAUUAUUAUACAACUUACUAUGACUCCGAAGAUAACUACCACACAGGUUUGUUUUCAAAAGGGAAGUCACUGUCAACAAAAGUCGUAUUCAGGAUUACAUCCACCCAGGUGAUCAUGCUCCACCUACUUAUGAAAUAACUUGAAGAAGAAGCUGACAUGAUGAAGGGCUAGCGCUUGGAAUGUCAGCUUCUCUAUUCACUUAUGAGCAACUGUCGCACAUAAAUGUACUGUACUGCACUACAGUUACUUUGCCUUGUUGAUGUGGACAUUUGGGGCUGACCGAUAUAUCUACAUUUCUAAAGUAAAAAAAUAUGUUAUUUUUAAUAUUAUUAAUUUAUUUAUGUAUUUCGAAAGGUGGUAGAUAUCUGAAUCGUGAAAUAAUCCAGGAUGUGUUUUUUGUAGGAAUAUGACAAUGAUGCUGAAACUCUUGUCAGCGGGUUGCAGUUCAGUUAUGAUGAUGAGGAUGUAGAAACAGGUUAGGAGUUAGAGAUUUUGUUCUCAUAGUGAUGAAGUUUCAGGAUUUAUCUUUUUAAUUACAUUUACUGUACUUAACAUCCCAUCUUUAUUUAUUUUUUUGUUUUAUAGACUUGAAACUAGGAAUUAUAGAUAUGUACUUACGAAGACUUAAAGAAAGACAGCAUAGGAAAAAGUAAGUUUCUAUGUGAUGGAGUUUUUAGCAUUUUACUCAAUUUCAUGCUUGGGAUGCUUAGCCUAACAAGACAGCCAACAGUUUGUGAUGCCACCACUGGUUUUCCAGUUAAAUGGCGUCUGAGAAACAAGCGCAGAAAUUCAAUGCUGAUGACAUAUCAUUACCCAGAUCUGGGUACUGCUUCUGAUUGGUCGUGCCGCAGAGGAAAUUUGCUUCAACCAAUCAGAAGCACUAUCCAGAUCUGGGUAAUGACUCGUCAUGAGCAUGGAUCGAAUUUCUCCGCUUGUCUCUCAGACAUCGCUUUGUGGGGAAACCAGUGGUGGCAUCGUGAAAUGUCUGCUAUUAUCUAGGGCUAGGAAUGAUUAGAAUUGCAUUUUUUAACCAAUAGAUUUAACUAUCUUCGGGGUGGAAGGCGGCAGAGCAGGAUGGGCUGGUUCUCUCUCCCCCACCCCCAGACUUAAUAAAAUCAAAUACAGCCCCAAAUUUUAGGUCACAGUCACCUUUUAUACCUUACUCAGCUGCCCACUGCAAUCUCAUUGAAUCUCCCGAAGUUGCUGAAGAAUUGGUACACUCUAUUUCGGUAACUACAGAGAAUACUGUAGGAUAACUGAGGUAUUCUUUGUGUUCAUUUUGUAGCAUUGCAAGACAGCAUGGACUUAUUGCCAGUAAACAUCGGAUAAUAGGUCAGUUUUUUUUUCCUGGAGUUAUUAUUAUUGCUUUUGGAAAUUUAAGAAUUAUGAAAUAUUUACCGAUUUUUAUUUGUUUCUAAAUAUAAAAUAAUUAUUGUUAUUAACUUGUUCCUAUGCAGCACUUCGCAGAAAAUACAGCAAGGAAGACAGGUUAGUUACUAUUUCACAAAUAAUUUGUGAAAUUAAUUUAUUAGACGCCCUCUCAAUGCCUGUGAAUAUUCAUUUUUCUAAGUACCAUAUUUAGAAACCUUCGCUGCGGGCUCAAAAAAGCGCUAGGUGUAAUAUAUGCAUCACGUGUUUUUUUUCUUUGCCGUCACUGCGCGACUACGACGUGGAAGUGCCAAAUUUCACGUUUUGUGGAGGGCGAAAAUACAAGACAACGACUUUCUGUUUCUUUUCCUGAACUUCGAUGCACUCUUUAGAAUUCAACUCCAGAAACAUUUGCCAACAUUUGACAAACUGAACGACAUGGAAUAAGCGCGAUAUAGUUUCAAGCAGCGCGCGCGACUUCACUUUUUAAGUGACGUUCUCAUGGCCGUCGCAGCGGGCGCGGGAACGUAGAGUAAAAUAGUUACGUCACGUCGUUUAUGCCAUUGUGAGUGCUUGUUUUAGAAAAUGAGAAAAUCGAAUGUCAAUCAAUUUACUUCCCCAAGCAUUGGCAUGAACACGGUAAAUGCAUUAUAGUGUCCCUCGAGACCACACAAUAUCCAACAACAUCCUCUGAUUUCGUGAAGCUAAACGUGUUAUGUUGUUUACAGAGAGUUUCGGGAUGCUGCUAGAGUGUUUGCAAGAUUGAAAAGUCAUGGCGAUUGGGAGGAAUUCUUAAAUGGCCAUUUAAGUAAGUUAUUUGGUUUAUUGAGACAUGUGAGACAUUUUCAUUGAGAGAAUUUUUAUGUCACAGGAGAAAUGACUGGCAAAUGUUAAGAAACUGAUUAAGGUAUUCCGUAAAUUCUAAAGACCUUUAUUAAAUGACGAGGGCAACUACGAGGAUGAAAUUUGAGUUUAAAAGUUGUUUCGCAUAUUCUCAGAAAGUACUGAGACACCCCGGAAACCUUCACUUUACCUUUUCUUCUGUAGAAAAGUUUGCAUGGGUUUUUUAAUUGAAGGUGGUUGAGUCCUCUACUAAUCGCAAAUGAUAAAACUUCUAAACAUUUGGUAACUUGUUUCCGCCGCUCACUACGAAAUUCUCGUUAAAGCCCGUAGUAGAAUGACUACGGCUUUCGCGUUUUCCCGCCAACAUGACGCUGGCUCACGCCGCGCACUACUUCGUAUUAAAACUGAUCUCGUCCGAGUAGUCGUCCUCGUCUUGGAACCUAAAGGACUCCACUGUUGAAGAAAGUAAAGAUUCCAGCCUAAAAUACCAUUCUGUCGGUGGUCUGCAGAGGAAAGGAUCGCGGGUUCCGUUCGCUUGGCGAGACCAACACUCCAGGCCAAGUUGCUGGAAGCGUAGGUAAGCGGUAAUCCUGGGUUAAGUGCAAGUUGCCAUGGUAACUAAUCCUAGAUUUGCACUAUUUGUCUUUUGAAAAACUUGGUCCAGGGUCUUAAAAUGGUUGCGCUGGGAAAAAGAUACUGCCUCUGCCCUGCAAAUGGCUAAACCUUUGUGAGCGUUAGAGGGCUACAAGUAUAUCAGUUUUUUCAUAACUGUCACGUGUUUACCCCCUUUAAAUAAAGGCGUUGGUGGUCCCCUCUCCAGCAGGGAACACAAACAGUAUUUUUCGUCAGUUGUUGUACCUUGUGCGAGAUGCAUUGAAAAUGUCGUUCAUUUAUUCGUAGGAGAAAAAGAGCUGAGAACAAGAAUAAAGGACCUGAUUAGAUACAGAAAAAACGGGAUUACAAAACUUUCAGGUAUUUAUAGACUACUGCAAUGCGUCUUAGCGAAUUUGGAAGUGGUAUCAUAUUUUUUUCAAUACUAAGCUGUGGCAUUGAGCAAAGUAUUCGACUUAUACACUGGUCGCUGUGUUUUAUGCAAUAUUUGCUGUUACGUGGGUGCUGUAAAUUCUACUCAGCUGUCGUCUGUAUACAUCUGUAUACAUUAGCCUGUUAGCCUGUUGAAAGCGAACCAGAAUUUGGCUAGCAUAGCGUCUUACUUAUAAUUUUGGAUCACGGUUAACGAAGGGAGACAAGUUGCGGCCAUGAGACAAGGAGCUGUGAAGUUAAUCUUAUCCAGGCGGAAUGAACGCUGAGCUGUCUUGCAGUACAGUUGACGAACUUGCUAAGCAUGCUUUUUUUUGCGUUUUAGAGUGUCAAGAAUAUGAUGAACAGAGGCUACGACGAGAAAGACGGAAGGAAAAUAAAAGAAAAAUGGUGGUAGGUAUUUUAACUCUCUCAUAGUCGCUACUGAUCAAUGUUUCAGAGAUGACUGUUUACUGUAUAACCGCGCUUUGUUUGUUUCCUUUUUUCAGGGUGGUACACAGCCAAGGAGAACAAAUGUUUCAAUGGGAAAGAAGAACGAGUGAGUAUCUUUUGUUUAAUGUUUUGACAAGGCCGUUUAGUUUCAGUUACAUAAAUGAUCGCCAGGAAAAGGGCUGAUUUUUGAUACGAGUAACAGUUCCCGACGCGUUUAUUCUAAAGAUUGGUUUGAUUUGUAACGCACUAUAACCCUUGGGUUGGCUCCGAGAGGGGUAUUAGACACCCAUUUUGACGUUGUGCGUGAGUUUGUGAGACUGGCUCUAAUUACACUAUGCGACCGUUUUCAAGGACGCUAUCACUCCACCUAUCGGCCAUAACAAGGUUACGCGGGAAAACUGGCUCAAAUUUGCUGCCCCAAACAGUCUCACAGCGUAACUCUACUCAACAUCGAACACAGAUCGGGCCUCAUGCGCAGUUGCACAUGAACGUUUAAUAGGGCGAGGAGGAAAAAAAUCAGGGACAAAAUGUCGUUGAUUUUUUUUACUCUCUUUUCGAGCAAAAAAGUAUGCAAAUAGCGUAAAGCACAACCUUAAACUUUGCCAUAGAGACUGACACUUCUUAGUUCGAUGUUUUCUCAUUGUAACUUUUCUCUAAUCAUCUUGUAUUAAUUUUUGUGCUGUAGUCUAGAGUGAAAUUAAUAUUACAUUUUAAAGUUUGUAAAAGAUCGGAUUCAGUAUUGAGUUUGUAUCCGAUGAUGGACUUUGUUUUCUUUUCAAGUUUUCGAAGUUAAAGCCAUACUUCAUUAACGCCUAUCUUUCAUUUUUCUGCAGACCUGUUUCAGAGGAUAAAGAAGAAAAAGGUACAGCGCACGUCUUAAAACCCACACCAAGUUUUACUUCAUUCUAGUUUUCUUCGCUUCGCCAGACUUAGCAGUAACAUGGCAUUAACUUGUGCCCGUAAUCACUGUGGACCCUUGGCAGUCUCUUCCCCACACAACCCCAGAAAAGUCAGUUGCCAAAUGACCGUAGUGUACUUCCCCUACUUAUUUCAAGGGUAAUGUGAGUUCUUUUAUUUCGCCCAUGGAUUCGAAAGGAAGGGCAGUGCCUCGUUCCCAAGGUGAGGACUGGAAGAAGAAAGAUCCUGGGAACGAGGUUGGGAAGGGUAUUGACGAGACAAGGUCAACGGCGUAACGUCACUACCUAAUAACGCGAUUAAAACUAAAUCUAAAACUCGUAGUGGAAGGACGAUGAUAAUCACGUUUUCCCGCCACAAUGACGCUGGUACACGCACGAGCACUACUUAAUAUUGAGAACUAGUAGUCAUUCUCGUCUUAGCAUCUAAAGGUGUCUGUUUACUGCAAUAGAGCAAUUUUCAAUUGAAUGUUGAAAGUAAUCCAGGAUUGAAUUGGUUUUGCUUUACUGUGCUGUUUGAUUGGUCUAGAAAACUCGCGCCACCCUCUCAGCCAGUCAGAUGUAAACUAAAACCAAUCGCUCCUUGGUCACUCGCGUUUUCCCGCGCUACAGGCCGGUUACACGCGUUUACUUCAAGUUGCCAUUGGCUCCCUCUGAUAAUUUCCUUUACUCUGAUUGGCCGUUGUGAUUACUUUGGUUUUGGUUUUCGACACUCAAUUGAAAAGCGCUCUAAAAGCUACUGAUGCUAUUAAUCCCACCCUACCGGCCCUGUUUAUGCCUCUUGUGCUUCGUAAAAUACCGACUAACUGAGCAGGUACUGUGACAUCUUUGCAGACUGUUCGCUGUCCUCACCGACGUUUGCAGACCAAAUAAAAAAUUGUGCCACCUACAAGCUACUAUCACCGGUCGAGAGACAGGUCAGUUUACUCUAAAAACUUUAAACAGCUGUUAGACCAUUCUAUUGUUGUUGUUGUCAAACGCUAUGUUUUCCGACUAUGUACUUUCAUUUGCUCAAACGACGGGAGUUGUUAACGGUUGCAGUAGAUAUUGCUCUCAGUACUUCACCAGUACUUUACGUCAAGUUGUUGCCUGCGUGUAGGCGUUUCCUGAUUACCUUGUUACAUGCGGAAGUGGUUAUUGUUUCAUAAUUUAUUCAAAAUUGAAUACCCUGGGAACGAGACCGGAAAACGAUUGGCUACGGCGUUACGCAAACGUCUCCUUUCCGCAUGCAAAAAAGGAAAUAGGAGACGUCUGCACACAGGCUAGUUGAGUUCAGAAGAUGAAAUGUGCGUCGAUUAUCAUCAGAUCUUCAUUGCUUUUGCUGUAAUUCAGAGUUUCGACCUGAAUCUACGCAAACCUUUCCCUCGUGCACAGGACGAAAAAAUCUGUUUCAGAGCUUGAAACGUUUGGUCUAUUUCCCUUGAUGAUUUCGAAUGGGUCAAGUUUGAACUUUUCUUUCUUUGCUCAACAGCUGUGUUCCUCACUGCAGAUGAAGCCCGGAUUUUACCUCACAAUAAAAACCAUCAUACUUAAGGUAGGUUAAAAAUUGUUAUGUUAGGAAUUUCUCGCUGUAAGCAUUUAUUGGCCUGCCUUAUUUACACACAUGAUUCAACAGCGGAACAACCUCCUUCCAGUUAUUGAAGGGGGAGCGGUGUAACAACUGGACGUGAUUGUUAAGAGUUUGAACCGUUUUGAAAAAGUUCAGUUCCGAAGGAGCUUCUUUCUCGCGUUACCUAUAUGUUUCUCUUUGCAAAAAGUAUAGGUUCCCACGGUAGCGAGAAUAUGUUGCGUUUUCACUCCAUAAUACAGCGUUUGCGCCCCCCCCCACCCCCCGCAAAUUUGCGUAUGAUAAUUAUUGUUUAAAUUGCGCUUUAGAAUAUGUUCUCCUCCCAGGAGCAACUGAAAACAAUAGUCGCGGGGCAGGGCGGGGUCGGAGGGGGUAACGAACAGAUUGUAUUAUAGGGGAUUCGAGAUUAGAGGACACGCGUUUAGUUUCCGAUAAGAGUCUGUGAGCUCUCAACCAUUUAGAGCUUUGUCAUUUACUUUUUAAAGAUUGAUACCUUUUACCGGCAAUGAUCCUCCGAUUGUAUUGCAAAGUACUUCACUGAAACUUGUGGCCACAUUUGAGCGGCACGAUGCGUUUUUCUUUCUUGCAGGACAAUCUGUUACGACGGCAAGGCGUACAGGUUAAAAC